AGAAGAAGAAGUAAGACAAAAUGAGCGGUAGAGGAAAGGGAGGCAAAGGACUCGGUAAAGGAGGCGCCAAGCGUCACCGUAAAGUUCUCCGUGAUAACAUCCAGGGAAUCACCAAGCCCGCCAUCCGCCGUCUGGCUCGCCGCGGGGGAGUCAAGCGUAUCUCCGGUCUCAUCUACGAGGAGACCCGCGGUGUGCUCAAGGUCUUCCUGGAGAACGUCAUCCGUGACGCCGUCACCUACACCGAGCACGCCAAGAGGAAGACCGUCACCGCCAUGGACGUGGUGUACGCUCUCAAGAGGCAGGGCCGCACUCUGUACGGAUUCGGAGGCUAAACGGUGAACUCUGCUUACUAAACCAAACAAAGGCCCUUUUCAGGGCCACCCACUUACCGAUUAAUGAGCGGAAUUUCUGUGUGAUGCAACCAUUUCUCGAUAAGCAAGAUGAGUAGAAAUUAAAAUAAAUAACUGGGAAGUUCACUUUUGUGUCUCAACCUGCAUAAAAAAAGUAAGAAAUUAAAGCUGCUUGUUAACACAAUAUUAGUGUUUUGUUUCCAUUGAUUCUUCUUACCGAAGGUUUGAGGGUUAAACUGGCAACACAUUAACUCAUUAGACUGUUUAAUCAGUAGAUGACGAGUAAAUUCGCAGGGAGGUAUUUAGGCUAAAAUAUCGAAAGUGGGGAUUAUGUGAAUUUAAAUGUAUGCUUAUACUCGUGAAAAUGUAGAGGAAAAACUGUUGGACUGUGUGAGUCUUGGAGAAAAACAGCCGGGAGUUGAAACAAGUUACUGUGGGAUUAAUUUCUUCUGGAAUUUUUAUUUUUCCAUUUUAUUUUGGAAGAAUCCUAAAAAAUUAGAUUUGAAACAAAUUAAUCAUAUGUAAAGUAUGACAAUGAAAAACUGACUUGUUAUAUUCUUUUUUUUCAUCCUUUUCAUCUUUUAUCCAGGGUUAAGUCUUUUUCUUUUUGUAGGCCAGAUAUUUUAUGUUCUGUUUUAAAUUUGAAAAGAUUAAGUGAAAUUGAAAGGUUGGUCACUGUUUUGGAAAAAAAAAAGAUCUGUAUGUUUUAUUGUCAAUUGAGUUUUUAGUGGUUAUUAAUGAGAAUUUAUUAAAUGGUUGGUAAAAGUGAACAAUAACAGCAUUUCUUUCCCUCUAUAAGAAAUACACUAUUUUGACAGUAUUUAUCUCUAAAGAAAUCUUAGAAAAAGUUUCUGUGGUUCAACAAAUGUGGACAGAAUAAGCAAUAAAUAACC